AAGUUAGUUGUAGAGCAGUUUUAAUGUACUCUGGGCCGCAUCAAAACAACUUUACCCGUAUAUCUUUAUUGUGACUAGCGCUAUGGCAAUCUUACGUCCCUUCUUCGUCAUAAAAGAUUUUUUCAAUGAUUUCUAAUAGCCUUAUUGUAGCUUAAAUACUAACAUAGUAUAAAGGUAGAACAAACAUUCAAAGCAUGGAAAGUUUGAAAAAUAAGAAGAUUGUAUGUUGCAUAUUCCUGCUAAUGCUUGUAGGUCAUUCUUUGGAAGCGGAGUUAAACAUUGAUGAACUUAAAUGUAAAAUCUGUCGCGUAAAAUAUUUGUGCUUCUUGCUUCUGGAUCCAUAUCUCUGUUUUUAUUUAUGCAAAGAAAAAUGCUAUGAACCAGCAAAGAUGGGCCCAUGCGAGGCUGCAAUAGAAAGAUGGUAUUUUAAUAAAGAAACAUGCAAAUGUGAAACGUUCACAUAUGGCGGAUGUGAGGGAAACGACAAUAAUUUCGAGACAGAAGAAGAGUGCAUGAAAGCUUGCCCAUAAAUUUGUUGCAUAUUUGUUAAACUACUCUUCCAAAAAUUUUACCUACAAGUUAAAUUAAAAUUUUUGAUAAGAAGACAGUGAAUGCAGACAAAUAUUAUUGUAUAAAUAAAAGUUAAUCGGAACAAAUUUUGAAAAAGAGUAAAUGUGAUAUUUUGCAUAUUGUACUGUACAUAUUGUUGUAGAUAGAUAAUUCAAUUUGUAUAAUUUCUCUAUUUUCAAAUAUGUGUAUAUAUUAUUUGGAAAAAAAAUUUGAAUUUGCAUGUCUGAAUCCGAGUGUUUUGAGGUAUAAUAUCGGGAAAUUAUGCGAAAAUUUGGAAUUUAGAAUAAAAUUAGGGACAACUUUA